GUACAAGCAGCUCCCCAGCAAGUGGCUGAAGACAAAUUUGUGUUUGAUUUACCGGACUAUGAAAACAUCAACCACGUAGUGGUCUUCAUGCUGGGAACUGUACCAUUUCCAGAAGGAAUGGGAGGAUCUGUCUAUUUCUGUUACCCGGACCAGAGUGGGAUGGCAGUGUGGCAGCUGCUGGGGUUUGUCACUAACGAGAAGCCAAGUGCCAUCUUCAAAAUUUCUGGCCUGAAAUCUGGGAAGGGAAGUCAACAUCCCUUUGGUGCAAUGAACCUCCCGCAGACGCCAACUGUGGCUCAGAUUGGAAUCUCAGUGGAACUGCUGGAGAACCUGGCCCAGCAGACUCCUGUUGCAAGUGCUGCUGUGUCAUCAGUAGAUUCAUUCACAGAGUUCACUCAGAAGAUGUUGGAUAACUUCUAUAACUUUGCUUCCUCGUUUGCUGUUACUCAGGCACAGAUGACCCCAAAUCCUUCUGAAGCCUUCAUCCCUGCAAAUGUAGUUCUGAAAUGGUAUGAGAAUUUCCAGAGACGUCUGACACAGAACCCUCUCUUCUGGAAAACAUGAGCUUCAAUCCUGUCACUUGAAGGUCUUCAUGUGUUACCUGAAAGACAUGUCAAGUAACUCCACUGAAGAUUCUUCGGGCAGGGGAAAAGCAGAAAACGAUUAGUCUGAAUAGACAAACUUGUAACUUUUAUAUUACUCUUGAACAGUAUUUAAAAUUAAAAUCAGUGAAAACU